AUGACGUGUUUCCUAGGAAGGCGGGGAUGGAGUGGAUGGGAGCGCCCCAGCCAAAUCCGUAAGUUGCAAGGUGGUGGUGGCAGCAAUUUUGAUUAUGAUCCUGCUAAAGAAUCUUCAGAUAAAACAAAAGAGCCUGAAGAAGAGGAUCGCCUUAAACUGUCAGACCUCAAAGGUGUUCAAUUCUGGACCUCAGAAUCUUCCAGUGAUGAAGAUUCUGCUAACUACACACGCUCUCCACCCUGCAAUCAAUUCAGUGAACUUGAAUCAAAAUUGUCUUUUCAUAACUUAGACAAGCAUAAAGAAAUUGGAACUGUUUUACAGAACAAAGAUUCCAGAAAUAAUGAGCCACAAGAUCAUAUCCGUAAGUUGCAAGGUUGUGGUGGCAGAAAUUUUGAUUAUGAUCCUGCUAAAGAAUCUUCAGAUAAAACAAAAGAGCCUGAAGAAGAGGAUCGCCUUAAACUGUCAGACCUCAAAGGUGUUCAAUUCUGGACCUCAGAAUCUUCCAGUGAUGAAGAUUCUGCUGACUACACACGCUCUCCACCCUGCAAUCAAUUCAGUGAACUUGAAUCAAAAUUGUCUUUUCAUAACUUAGACAAGCAUAAAGAAAUUGGAACUGUUUUACAGAACAAAGAUUCCAGAUAUAAUGAGCCACAAGAUGAUGUAAUAAAUGUUGUAAAUUUUGUCAUGCAUAAUAUUUUGCAUGCUAUUUGCUGUGAAAAGGAACAGGAAAUAAAAAGAAUUAGAGACAAUGAAAGAAAUUGUAGACCUGUUCCUCAUAAUAGAUUGUUUAUUUCACAUCGCUAUGAACCCUUUCCGAAAAGGUACGUGCUCAAUGAUGAAACUGCAGAUCAUCCUAAAAAUCAGUGAACAGUUAAGGAGGCUUUACAAGUAACUUCAGAUUGAUGAUAAAGAAAAAAUUACGGUGCUGCGUCGGGAGUGCCCAAGUGACGCAUGUGGUGCUGGUGUCUUCAUGGUUUCCCAUUUUGAUUGUCAAUAUUGUGGGAAGUGCUGUCUUACUUUUGUGUAUGAAAAACCUGUAGAAAAUAACCUGUAGAAUUA